UUCACUUUUCGCUUUCGUGCUCGUAACAUUCAAUUUUGUUUCCGCACAACAAACAAAUCUCUCCUUUACAUGUCAACAAGAAAUUAUUAAAGUUGGUUCAAGCUCGGACCUCAACAGUUGUGCUUCAUUUCUUAAGUUAGCACCAUUGCAAAAUGCAACUAACUCAACACCAGUCUUCGAUAGUUAUUGUUCUUUACCGAAAUGCAAUGAUAACACUAUUUCUUCUUAUGCUACUGAACUUAAGACCCAAUGCGCAACAGUUCUUGUUGCAAAAGAUCCUAUCAUUUUUAACAUAAAACAAAGUCUUGUUUUCAAUGCCCCGAUGAGGGAUGCCUUUUGCUUCAAGAACUCUUCCGGAGGAUAUUGUGAUUUGGAUCCAAAUACUGACAUCAUGUUAGGCUACCUUCUUGGAUUUAGUGCUACUCCUCCCACUGAUAUUAAUUGUACUGAUUGUAAUAAAGCUAUUUUAAGCACUUUUGUGAAUUACUUUAAUGCCCAUCCUGAAUCCUUGGCUGAAUUACCAGCUGAUCCAACGUCUUUUGAAACUAUGGUUAAAACAAAAUGUGGUGCUUCUUUCUUGGAUGGGAAUAUUCCAUUUUCCACUAUUUCUUCUGUACCUUCAUAUAAAGAAACUCAGACAAAUCAGCUAGACUCGUCAUAUAAACAUGGAAUAUUAAUUGGUGUCGGUGUUGGAGCAGGUGCAAAACCAAUUUAUGAUAGUUAUUGUUAUGCACCGAAAUGCAAUGAUAGCAUUACUUCUGCUAAUGCUAGUGAGCUUAAAACUCAAUGUCAAUCAGAUCUUGCUGCGAAAGGUUAUUGCAAUUUGGAUCCAAAUAGUGCUGUGAUAUUAGGUUACAUUGGUGGAUUGAGUCCUACUCCUCCCACUGAUAUUACUUGUAACGGUUGUAAUAAAGCUAUUUUAAAUAUUUUUUUGAACUACAAAUCUCAUCCUGAUAUUAUGGUUGACUUACCGGUUAAUUAG